CUCCUCCGGCACGCACCGAGGCCUUCGACGUCUUACCAACCGCGCGCGCGAGAGAGAAAUAAAAAAAGAGGACUUUUAUCUUCUCGUCUUCCCCUUUCUCUAAUCCGGGCUUUGAUUUCCUUCGCUUUUGGGGCUUCGAUCUGGGGGAUCGAGUUGUGGUUAUGGAUACCUUCUUCUUGUCACAUGGAUCUCCGACGCUGUCCAUUGACGAGAGCUUGCCGGCGAGGCCGUUCCUGAGGUCGUGGCAGUCCAAGGUGCUGCAGGCCGUCCCCAGAGCCAUCCUCGUCGUCUCCGGCCACUGGGAGACGGCGGUUCCGACGGUGAACGUCAUCAAGGGCACCAACGACACCAUCUAUGACUUCUAUGGCUUCCCCAAGCCUAUGUACCAGCUCAAGUAUCCUGCACCAGGUGCACCAAAUUUAGCGAAGAGAGUGAAAGAGCUGCUGGAACAAGCUGGUUUCGGCCGUGUAAAAGAGGACAAAACCCGCGGCCUCGACCAUGGUGCUUGGGUUCCACUCAUGCUGAUGUACCCAGAGGCUAGCAUCCCUGUCUGUCAACUCUCUGUUCAGACAGAGAGGGAUGGAACUUACCACUAUAACAUUGGGAAAGCAUUGGCCCCUCUCAGAGAUGAAGGGAUCCUUAUACUUGGUUCAGGGAAUGCUACACAUAACUUGAGGACAAUUGGCCGUGAUGGUGGACCUAUAGUCAAGUGGGCCCUGGACUUCGACACAUGGCUUAAGGACUCACUCCUAGAUGGAAGAUACGAUGACGUGAACCACUACGAGGAGAAGUCACCUUGUGGAAAGAUGGCACACCCUUGGCCAGACCACUUCUACCCUUUACAUGUAGCUCUGGGUGCUGCAGGUGAGACGGCCAGGGCUGAGUUAAUCCAUCAUAGCUGGACCAACUGCACAAUCUCGUAUGCGUCUUAUCGAUUUACAACUUCAGUAUAAUGUUUAGAAGCUGCACAAGACUAGUAAGAGAAGCCAGGGCUGGGUAUACCUCUCUUCUUAUGUUCAAGUUGGAUUAUGGUUACUAGUAAUUCUAUGUUUCAUCGGUUCAAUUGAAGCUCUAUAUAUUCCCUUUUGAUGUUUGUUUCGCUUCAUGUAUGAGUUUGUGGUACACUUGUGAUGGAGUUAGCUUGUACUGGAUAGAAUAGAUUCAUCUCAUUAUUGUUGCUGUUUUGGAUGAUUAAUCUGUAAGAGGAGGUGUGAGACAGUUUUUCAAGUUAUUGUGACUACUACUGUGCAAAA